GCUGUGUCACGCAUCUCGUCUCCAGCUUGAGCAUCUUACUAUAUCCCGCACAACCUCAAUCCUUCGCAUCGUCCUCAACAUCUCAUUGACUCUGACAUGGAUUCACGAGACAGGUUGGCGCGGGACGCACUCAAGUCCCAGUUCAUGCGUCGUGUUUACCUCGAGCGACCGGAUCAUGACGACUCGCAAGGCUGUAAUGCCGGCUCCCUGUUGCACGACAUCGUUGAUGUUGCCGACAAUUCAUAUCCGCGACAAUUUCAUUACUCGCGCGAGACCUACGUAUACAUUUACGUACUUAAGCUCAGGUCAGACGGGAGCGAAGUGCUCUGCAAGGUGGCUGCAGCAUCACUCACGGGAGAGAAGCGCCUAGUCCAAGAAGCUCGGAUGUACGAAUCCCCGAACACGGCGUCACUCCAGGGCACUGUGAUGCCCAAAUACCACGGCCUCUUUCAAGGGGAUGUGAACAGCUUCUUCAAGGUGACGUGCAUGAUACUGGAACACUGCGGGAAGCCCUUGUCUCGACCACUUAUACACGAAGAUUUCGCAUUCAGAGAUGCAGUAUUGAAUGCGUACAGCCAACUACACACGGCGCCAGCCAUGCUCGUCAAGGGCGAUGCCUCGGAGUACAAAUACGAAGAUAUUGUCCGCAGGGGGAAUGGCCAGCCGUGCCUGGUUGAUUAUGGGUCUUCACGACCGCACAGGGGCGAUUGUGAUCAACCCAGAUUCGACUUCAAAAGUUUCACGCCGAUUCCAGGCACAGACCUGUCUUGUGGAGAGAUACUCGAAGUCUCUAAAGCUGCUGGGGCAUUAAUGGAUAGUAUUGGGCCUAUGCACUAUCAUCCGAAGAAAACGAUCGCGGAUUAUUGGAGAUCGGCCCGUAGCGAGAUGAUGGCGCGAGGGUAUAACGAAACGGGCGGGCACGAAGUGAUACAGAAACACCUCGAAGAAUACAAGAACUACCUCAAGGACAUGGAGGCUCUUGGAAAGCCGGGGAAUGAUGAGUGAAAUGAGACCGCGAUCUAUGUGCGCCGUACACGCAUUACGCAUCAGUGAAACUUAGUAGAACGAACCGGAGUGAAUCGCGUUGAGUACGCACGCUGUACAAAUAUGACUGAGUCUGUUGCUUCGCAUGACCUCGGCCAGCCUGAGUGCCCUCAGGCCGGG